AUGUCCGGAGGUGUAGACUCCUCUGUCACCGCCAAGUUGCUCGCAGACCAAGACUACGACCUCUCUGCUGUGUUUAUGCGCAACUGGGACACUCGGGACGAGUCCGGGACUGACAGCGGCUGUGAGUGGAAGAAAGAUUGGGAAGACGUCCAACGCGUCUGUCGGAUGCUGGACAUUCCAUGCGAAAUGGUCGAUCUCUCGCGCGAGUACUGGACUCGUGUCUUUGAGCCCGCUCUGGCAAUGUGGGAGUCGGGCAACACACCAAAUCCAGAUAUAUGGUGUAACCGAGAAGUCAAGUUCGGCGCCCUCAUUGAUCGCCUCCACAGCAGGGACGCGUGGUUGGCUACCGGGCAUUACACCGACAAGAGCUGGGCGCAUCCUCAAUUGAGCUGGGCAAAUAUGUACGCGUACAACAAGAUUCCCCCGCGUCCACAGCUGCGACGACCCGUAGACAGGUCCAAAGACCAAACAUACUAUCUUGCUGCCAUUUCUGAAGCGAGCCUCGCCCGGUCAAUCUUUCCUCUCGCGCCGUAUAAGAAGACCGAAGUGCGGGAGAUGGCCCAGAAGUGGGGACUUCCGACGGCUUCUAGGGAAGAAAGCAUGGGCAUCUGCUUCGUCGGCGAGAAGCGCCGAUUUGACGAUUUUCUAUCUCAAUAUGUUACGCCCAAACCAGGACCUAUAAUCGACUUAACUAAUGGGCAGACAGUGGGCAGACAUCGAGGUCUGCACACCUUGACCAUAGGCCAGAACGCUCGGCUCAAGGGGAUGGCCGAGAAGAUGUUCGUGGCCCGGAAAGACGCUAAGGAGAAUGCCCUCUACGUCGUUCCUGGCUCUACGCAUCCUGCACUAUACAGCGACUCUAUGAUUGUGGAUAACUGGAGGUGGGUUUGGGCAGACACACCUCCGCCCGGUGUCGCAACCGCGAACGGCAUGCUGGCGCAGGUCCAGUUUCGGCACAGAAUGUUGGAUCUCCCUUGUCGGGUCUAUCAACGGGGGGACGGCACCGUGCGAAUCAACUUCCGACGUCCGCAGAGCAGCGUCGCGACAGGGCAGGUUGCUGCGAUCUGGAAGAACGACUGGUGCCUCGGGUGUGGUAUCAUCUCUCAGACGCAUGGCCAUUGGCGCGCGGAAGACGCUAUGCUACACGACUGCGCAACGUGA